UUUUUUUCCCACUCCUACCUCCCCUCUCUUUCUCUCUCUCUAUCUCUAACAAACAAACACUCAUUAUUUCUCUGAAACAAGCUAGUGUAGAGCUGUGCUUCUUUAUCUGCCGUGUAAGCUACCUGCAUGGGGUAGCCCCUCAGCUGGUGACCUCCUCUCCAUGGCCUGCCGUCUCUCCUCCUCAGGCUCCUACACUGUGGUCCUCCUCCCUCUAAAGACCAGCCUCUACAGCCAGGAGGCCCUUCGUUUCUACCUAUGGAUUAAGCGGAUGAAGGACCUAGAGAAGGAGAAGGAUGCUCUGUGGUCAGGUCUGGAGGUUCUGGAGCACGGUCGGCUGUGGUACCUCCAGCGGCUCUCAGAGAACAGGGCCCUGCAGUGUGUUGAGAGCAGAAAUAGGAUGCGCCUUUGCCACAAACAUGCCUCAGAGGCUCCAUCCUGCCUCCCCACACACAUCCAGCGGGUUAAUGGAGCCCUGGGCUCUGUAAUGAGUGAACCCAAUGUCAGCAGCAACCCUUGUCUCUCUGAUCCGCUGGCAGACAGUGACCUCCGCUGGCAAAACACAGUACUAACUCAGAAGGUGAGUGAAAAGAAUCGUCGGAUCUCUUUGUUGGAGCUGGAAAAACAGGUUCUCCUUGAAGAGCUGGGGGAUCUCCAAGCCUGCUGAUCUGCACACUGUCACUUCCCACAUUGGUUAUAUAUUUAUGUUUAAAUUAAUAAAUUACUAUUAAUGUUUCCUUAUUUUA